UCGUUGGAGUCAUGGAGCUGCAAUUCAGUCCAGUGUUUUACAUCAAGGUUGACUCCACGAGCCGCGGGACAUUGGCCGUCCUGCCCAGUGCCAAGAGAACGUCUCAGAAGGUGGUGGUAGGAGACCAGACUGGAGUCCUCACCUGCUUUGGUGUCAAAAGAGGCAGUGCAAGUAUGGUGUUCAAGACUCUCCCAGGAGCCAAGAUCUCUUGCCUCAAACUAAGUGGCUCAGAGGGAGGUCUCAGUGACAAGAUAUUUGUCAGCUCUGAGACAGAGGUCAAGGGAUUCUCAAAGAAGGGGAAACAGUUUCUGAACUUUGACACAAACCUCACGGAGCCCAUCUCCAGCAUGCAUGUGCAGGGAGGCCACCUGCUGGUGUGUGGACCCUAUGUCUACAACCACUACCUGGACUGCAAGGAUGUCGACUACUAUCUCUGCUCCGACAAGAUCAACGAUGUUCUCUGUCUUCCUCCAUCAUCCGAGCCAGGGCCACUCAGCCCCAUCCUGGCCUGCCAGGACUGCUCUCUCAGACUUCUCAAGGGCUCAGAGCUACAGUAUGAAGUAGAGGUGGCUGGACCUCCACUGUGUAUGAGACUAUGGGGGGAGGGCAGUGGAGGAGGGAGGGAGGGGGACGAGGUACUCUAUGGCACCCAGACAGGGAGAGUGGGUCUGGUUCAACUGACGGCAGAAGAACCCAAUUACUGCUGGGACAUGCUCAAUGACAGGAAGUAUGGAGGGGUCUCUUGUCUGUCAACUUUUGACCUGAGCGGAGACGGAGUGGAGGAGAUUGUGGUGGGGAGGGAUGAUGGAGUAGUGGAGGUCUACUCCAUGGAUGAUUCCGACCAGCCGAGACUCAAGUUUACCCACGUGAUGGGUGAGAGUGUGACAGGAGUGGGCGGAGGAUCUGUAGGCUCCGCCCACCACGAGGAGGUCGUUGUCUGCACCUUCAGCGGUCGAGUUAUCGGACUCACCAGAGAACCGCUGACUCAGCAAACUCUCUCUCAGGAGGUAAAGGAGAAGCUGGAGAGCCUACGGAAGGAGGUGGAGUCGUUGGAAGUUAAAGUGGGUGUGGCCAAGGAGCAGUACCAGGAGACAGUGGCAGCAGCUCAGAGUGGAUCAGAUGCAGUGUCUGCACUGCCUGCGUUCCAAGUGAAUGACAAGUUCAGUUUGAACCAGGACGAGGCCUGGUACACUCUCUCCAUCGAGCUCCAGUCUCCCAUAGACAUGGUUGUUCUACAGAGUGAUGUUCCAGUGGAUCUGCAAGAGGUAGACAAGAGCUCAGCAGUAGUGAGUCAUUCUCCUCCUGAUCCUGAGAAUGGAAACUUUCUCCUGGCCACCUUCAGAUGUCACGAUGCCACGAGACUGGAGGUGAAGGUUCGUUCGAUCGAGGGUCAGCAGGGUACGCUGCAGGCCUUCAUCACCCCUCGACUGGAGCCCAAGACAUGCUGUCUUCGCCACUACUCCAUCAAACCUCUGUCUCUGCACCAGAGAAUGCACUCCUUCGAUGAGUCCAGACCGUGCAAUACCCUGAGAGUUAGUGGACAGUUCUCGCUGGGCCAGGCCCACUCCUGGGUGGCUCUCUGUCUCCCUGACGUCCCCGCGAGACCUCCGGUUGAAGAUUCUGCUGCUCUGUUCUUCAAGUCAACCUUCAUCCACACCCAGCUGGCUGUCUUGUACAGGAAGGGUGAGGUGGUGUUCAGAUCUGACAACAUGUCCACUGUGUCUGUCCUGAGAGAGGUACUCUCCAAAGAAACUGCUCUCAAGAAGGUUGCAGUCAAAAUCACUCAUGGUCAGUCUCUUCAUGUGCCAGUUAGCUGCUCAGAGCAAUUAACGUGCCACACAAAUUGUUUGGUGCACCAAUGUUUUAUUGUUUGGUGUCAAUUGUUUCCGUGGCUACAAUAGAGUUGGAUGAGGCAUCAGUGGAGCACAUGCUGCGAAUCAUUCACCCUCGACUUGAGGCCCAGAUAAUGCUGGCCAAGAAUGUGCAGCUGGUUGAAGGUCUCCAGGAGAUAGAGAUACAUGAACAGAACCCCUCCUCCUGCCUCUCUCCUCAGUGUCAGUAUAUCCUGGAGAAUGCCACUGCCAUGCAGGAAGAGUUGAAACAGCAGCCAGCCAUGAUCGAAAGACUCUAUGCUCUUGUGACAGAUCUUCUCAUUGACAGAGCCAGUUUCAAGGGAGAGAAUGCCCAGAGCAAAGUCGCACAGCUUAUGGAACUACUGGACAACUGUGACUUUGACUCCCUUAUUUCUUUCUUUCACUCAUGACUCUUUGUGUAUAUGUCGCUUUAGGUGGGUCCUUUAUGAACCACUGAAGGCUUAUCGGCAAUUAUGCAUGUGACUUACAUUCAUUACAGCAUAUUUUGGGCCUGUAUGUAUCUGCCCCUUACGACUUUAACAUACAAAACAACAGAAACAUGAUGUCAGUGUUAGCAGUGCACUAGUCUCUGCGGAAGUGUUGGAGAAUGCGAAGAAUGUAGAUGAAGAGGUUGAUGAAGUCGAGGUAGAGGUUGACUGAUGCCAUGACAUACUCCUCCGGAGACAACUUGUGCAUGAUGAGGUGGGUAUCAAAUAGAAUGAACCCACAGAAGAGCAGAGCUCCGCCCACUGAGAUGACAAACUCCAGAGCCUCACUCCAGAAGAAUAUCUGCAGGAGGCUGGCGAGCAGAAGGACCCACAGCAGAGCAAACAGA